GCCGCCGCGCUGCCGCAGGCGGCUCUGGAAAUCUCGGUCAGGAGCCGAGCAGCGCGAACCACACGGCCCGGGAUCCUCGGCAUCUGUUUGGAGAGGGGCCCUUGCCAAAUUCCGUCGCUCUGGCGCGGAGAGAGUGAGGCCCCGGGGGGCCGGCGGGGAGCCGGAGCCGUGCCUGUAUCCAGCCCGGGGAGGCGGCGGCCGCUCACCAUGGCAGACGAUGAGAAGACCGGCGGGAGCUCCGCGGACGGCGGCGAGAGCGCGCAGUGCAAUGUGCUGAGCUGGGAGCAAGUGCAGCGUCUGGACCGCAUCCUCAGCGAAACCAUCCCUAUCCACGGCCGCGGUAACUUCCCCACGCUGGCCAUGCAGCCUCGCCAGAUCGUCAAGGUGGUGCGGAGCCGGCUGGAAGAGAAGGGCAUUGGCCUGCGGGAUGUGCGGCUGAACGGCUCGGCCGCCAGCCACGUCCUCCACCAGGACAGCGGCCUGGGCUAUAAGGACUUGGACCUCAUCUUCUGUGCCGACCUCAAAGGAGAAGCCGAAUUUCAGACUGUGAAGGACGUGGUCUUGGACUGCCUCUUGGAUUUCUUACCCGAGGGGGUGAAUAAGGAGAAGAUCACGCCUCUCACACUCAAGGAGGCUUAUGUGCAGAAAAUGGUAAAAGUAUGCAAUGAUUCAGACCGAUGGAGUCUUAUCUCCCUGUCCAACAACAGUGGCAAAAAUGUGGAGCUGAAAUUUGUGGACUCUCUGAGGCGGCAGUUUGAAUUCAGUGUCGAUUCCUUUCAAAUCAAGCUGGACUCCCUGCUGCUUUUUUAUGAGUGCUCAGAGAAUCCGAUGACUGAAACUUUUCACCCAACUAUCAUUGGUGAGAGCGUUUAUGGGGAUUUCCAGGAAGCCUUUGAUCACCUCUGCAACAAGAUAAUUGCCACCAGAAACCCAGAAGAAAUCAGAGGAGGUGGUCUUCUGAAGUACUGCAACCUUUUGGUAAGGGGCUUUAGGGCAGCCUCUGAAUCUGAGAUUAAAUCCCUGCAGAGAUACAUGUGUUCGAGGUUUUUCAUUGACUUCUCAGACAUUGGCGAACAGCAGAGAAAGCUGGAGUCCUACUUGCAGAACCACUUUGUGGGAUUAGAAGACCGCAAGUAUGACUAUCUCAUGACCCUUCACGGCGUGGUGAAUGAGAGCACGGUGUGCCUGAUGGGACAUGAGAGGAGACAGACUCUGAAUCUGAUCACCAUGCUGGCCAUCAGGGUCCUAGCCGAGCAAAAUAUCAUCCCCAACGUGGCCAAUGUCACCUGCUAUUACCAGCCAGCCCCCUACGUAGCAGAUGCCAACUUCAGCAAUUACUAUAUUGCCCAGGUUCAGACGGUGUUCCCUUGCCAGCAGCACACAUACUCUACUUGGCUGCCCUGUAAUUAAGAACCGAAAUUAGUAGUCCCCGUGGGGAGAACUUUUUCUAAGAUGUAGGAAGGGGCGAUGGGUCCCUCUGAAAUGGGGUGUUUUGUGCAAUGAUGAUCUGCUCUAGUUUUCAAGCUUGAGACAAGCUUGUGGUUCUUCUAAUAAUUGAUGGGAGCAUGAUCAAGAAAGAACCCCAAAAUAAUUGGAUCCUACCCCAGAGCACAAGAGGCCUGUCAUUAAAAGCAACCAGCUUCUCCUGGAAUAAGUGAGGGAGGAAUGCUUGAUGACAAUAUGGGUUGGCAGUAUCUGCUCCCAUAGCUUUGGCAUAGAGAAGGUGGGAAAGCCUUAUUUUCUUUAUUUUUUAUUCUUACUCUAGAAUGGGAUCUGUAAAAGGGAGAAUAUGAAAGAAACAAAACAACAAAAAAAAAAAAACAACAAAAGAAAAAACUUCACAAAAAACAGUUCUAUAUAUAUUAAGGAGUUAAAAGUUAGAGGCAUAAAGCAGAGAUAAGCUGAAUAAAGUUGUAUAUUGGGAUUACUGCAUUUGGGGCUUGCAGCAAGUGCCGUCUAUGGAAUGACCGUUUAGAAUGUAUAGCUUGCUUGACUAGAAUGCUUUUCCAGAAACAGCUUGCUCCAAAUGAACAGUAGUGGAUUGGUACAGUUGUAAAAACAGAAACACGUACGAUGACAAAGUCCAUUAUUUCCAGCUGUGUGCAUGCCUCACAUUUUAAAAAUGUGAGAAUGUUGGAAAACCAGCUGUGGCAAGAAGUAUAUACUUAAGGACCAAAGAUUUCACAAAAAAGUUAUCCAAGCAAAGAAGAUACAGUAGAGUAUAUAUAUAUAUAAAUAUAUAUAUAUGUAAAAGGAGAUGUUCCUAUAUUUGUACACACCAGUAGUAAUCAAAAGUGCCUGAUGCCUUCAUAAAAUUUGAAGUGAGAAAAAAAAAUAUAGUUUUGUGGUUUAACCAUUCAUUUUGUUUUAUCAGGGACACAAGUAUUAAAAAAAAAAAGGCAAACCAACCCAUAAGCUUGUGAAUAAGUGGUGGAGGAAAUGCCCUAUUUUUUUUCUUGGCAAAUACCUGUAUAGAGUUAAUGUUUUGUCGGUGUGCUAUUAUCCUAGGUACGUGUGUGUGUGUGUGUAUAUAUGUUUGUGUGUGUAUAUAUGUACAUGUUAUUGGUGUAUAUCUAUAUAUAUACACACACAAUAUAUAUUAAUGUGGUCUAGGAAAAUGUAGCAAUUAAGGAAUGUUUAAAUAAAGUACUACUUGUUUUCCAGUUUGCAACAGGAUUUCAUAGGACAGUGGGCACCUUGCAGUGAAAUUUUAACCCACACCUGAGAAAUUUGGAGUAAAUUAACCAGUCAGGAUUAAGGUGGGAUUCAGAUAAUGUCUUUGGUUGCAAGAACAAGGAUUACAGUAAUUCAGUGGGUUGCUUGUGAGCCAUAAUAAUUCCACAGAUGGAGAAACAUAUGACUAGCUGAUUUUUUUUAACUGUUUUGUACUGUAAUGCCAUUUUGACAUUUAACCCACUAAUGUUGUGACUGCAUACCUCCAUGAUGUGUGAUUUCAGUGGAACGUGGAUCAAAGAUAGGUUUAUUUAAACCCCCUGACAGCUAAAGAAUAUUGUAUUAGUCAGUAAUUUGAACACUAAUUGUUAAUAUUUAAAGGAGUAUUUUUAAUAGAAUGCAUUAUGCAUUCCAGGACCACUAGAAUUUAGCAAAUGUGAAAUGAACCCUUUUUAAGAGUGUUGCACGAUUGCUUAAAAUUAUAUUUUAUAUAUAUAUAUUAUAUAUAUAUAUUUUUAUGCAAAUAUUAAACAUCUUUGAUCUGGUUGUCACACUGCA